CAAACAAAUUAGUGAUUUAAAUUCAAAAUGUUCUUAACAGAAAUCUUAAUUAUAUUAGCCUCGGUUAUAGGCAUUAUAACCCAAUGGUUGAAAUAUCAUUACAACUAUUGGCAACGUCAUAAAAUUCCUUAUAUUAAGGCCCAUCCCAUAUUUGGCAACUUUAAGGAUAUUGUGUUGUGGAAAAAGGAUCCAUGUGCUCACUUCCAAAGUUUAUACAAUGAACAGGGUGUAGUGGGUGGCAAGCCAAAGGAUAAUCCUGUUGUUGGUUUACAUGUCUUCAAUAAACCCUGCUUAUUAAUACGCGAUUUGGACUUAGUAAAGAAUGUGUUAAUUAAAGAUUUCAAUCAAUUCUCUAAUCGUUAUUCAUACUCGGAUCCUCAUUCGGAUGCUGUGGGCGCUAAUACCUUGUUCUUUGCCAAAAAUCCCAAAUGGAAAAACAUACGCUCGAAAUUGACUCCUGUGUUUGCCAGUGGUAAAAUAAAGCAAAUGUUCCCCCUGGUCGAAGAGAUUGGCCGUGAAUUGGACAAAUAUCUUUGCCAAUUAACCGAAAAGACGCCCAACACAAAUGUCCAUGAAGUUAAGGACAUUAAUGCUUUGUAUACCACCGAUGUUAUUGCCACCAUAGCCUAUGGUGUGCAGGCCAACAGUUUAGUAAAUCCCAAUGGUGAUUUCCGUACUAAUGGCAAACGCAUCUUUGAUUUUACCAAACGUCGUGCUCUGGAGUUUUCUUGCAUGUUUUUCUUGCCCAAAUUGGUGAAAUUGAUGAAGUUCAAAUUAUUCUCAUCUGAGACAACGGAUUUCUUGCGCCAAACCAUUACAUAUGUCAUGGAUGAACGUUCAAAGUCGGGCAUGAAACGUAAUGAUUUGAUUGAUAUUUUGGUUAAAUUCCGCAAAGAUGCCGAAACCGAUAAGUCACAUUUUGCCAAUGAUCUAGAUUCUGUUAUUGCCCAAGCGGCCAUUUUCUUUUCGGCCGGUUUUGAAACCUCUUCGGCUACCAUGUCCUUUACCCUGUAUGAAUUGGCCAAACAUCCCGAUGUGCAACAACGUGUCAGAGAUGAGAUACGAGAAGCUUUGCAGCAAAGUCAAAACGGCGAAUUGUCUUAUGAGCAAUUGAAUGAAAUGAAAUAUUUGAAUAAUGUGGUUUUGGAGGUAUUGCGUUUUUAUCCACCUCUACCAUUUUUGGAUAGAGAAUGUACUGCUGACAAGGGUUAUUCGCUGCAGCCUCAUGUUGAUUUUACCAUUCCUCCCGGUAUGCCGGUUUAUAUUGCCGCUAGUGCUUUCCAAAGAGAUCCUAAAUACUUCACUGAGCCCGAAAAAUUCGAACCUGAUCGUUUCAACACGGAAAACAAAUUGUAUAAUAAUUUGGGUGCCUACAUGCCUUUCGGCGUUGGACCUCACAAUUGUAUAGGCGAACGUUUUGGCUUGAUUCAGACUAAAGUUGGUCUGUUCAACUUUUUGCGCAACCACUAUGUAACAGCCUGCGAGAAAACUUCUCCCGAAAUGAAAUUAAGUCCUUAUGCCUUGAUUAUACAAUCGGAAGAUGGCAUUUAUCUUAAUCUAGUUAGAGAUCCUUUAGUUUAAGUAGUUAUGAUAGACCUCCUAAUUGUUUUUAAUAUUUAAAUUAAAAGAAAAUACAACUACUAUUUAUACUUCCUUUUUAACAAAAAUUUAUGCAAAUAAAUUUCAGCAGAAAUGCGAUUUUUUUUUUAAAUCGCCAACCAACGACUGACUAAUCGAUUUGAAAACGAAAAAUAAA